GAUCUGUGCAGCACAGGUCCGCAAUUUUCCCUACGCACGGGGAGGUCUCCAUCGGCUUAGUCAACCAGUUAUAAAAGGGCUACCACCGAUUGCCCUACGUUGCUGCCGGACGCCCCUUCCGCCGUCCCUACAGGCGGCAUAUAGCAGCCCUCUGAAGGGGAAUCGCAGCCUCUCGUCUCUCUUUCCUGCCACUCUGACACUAGUACAAAUCUCGUAAACACGUUGAUCCCUCCGGCAUGCCUCUAAUGCCGUCGAUGCACCGUGUCCUGGCAGCGCUUCUAUUCUUUCUCACUAUCUUGAGCCCUGUCCGUGCCGCCGCCAUCCCUCUUUCUUCCUCCUCGGCCAUCUGCUACGCGGCCAUCCUCGAAGCCCGCGAGGCCCUCGCUGAAGAACAGGACACGCACCCUAUCAGCCAGAACGUCGUCGCCGCCAUCGUCCUCGGCAUACUCCUAUUGGUGGCGUCUAUCACCGCUCUCUGCCUCAUAGGAUCUUCUUCCUUUCGCCAUCACCUUUGCUGCGUCAGAGGCUCUGCAGGCGAAGACCUUCCUGCGAAGCCUAUUGACGUUGAUCACACGGCUUAUAGCGUCACGACGCUGGGGAGCUGUGAUGGAGCUCUCGUUGCUCACUCGUCCUUCACUGGCACGACGUUCCUUCAUCCUGCUCAGGUGGUGGUACCGGCUCCUUCUGUUGCUCUUCCUAUCGCUAUGGAUCGGUGAGAAUAUAGAACACAUGCUACUUAGAUGACCUAUGCUCGCUUUUAUGCCCUCGAUUGAUCUUUAAUACCUCUAUCGUACUUUGUGGCAUCAAUCGUACGCGUGCGCUGGUAUCUCCGUCCCUGCGUUUUUGACAUUGGUUAACCCAUAAACAUAUAUCCGCAUAGAUAUGUAGAUCUAGAGUAUAUGGUCUGCAUGAGAUUGCAUGCAUUGCUAUCGCUAUAUUAGAAUUCUGCAAUAAAGGGGUGAAGUUGAACGCGA